AAAAAACCAAGAUUCCAGCACUGUAUUACUCCACCGUCCGUCUCUCUCAUCUUCCUCCAACUAUUUCACUCCUACCCUUCGUAUUAUUUUUUUUCUUUCCUCUUCCUGGGCAGGGGUGUUGCAGGUCGGUGGGUGGGCUUAUGGAUAACCGUUGGGCCCUAAACUGAAUGAAUGAAAUCGAUAAAGAAUUGGGUGAUUCUGAAUCGUGGGUAAGGAUGGUAAGAAUCAGGCUGUGAUUAAAGUUUUGAUCUUUUGUCUCCAUUCUUUCUUCGAGGAGCGUCUUGGAGCUCUUCUAAUGGCCGCUCACCAGUUGCCUUCUCUUCCUCUGAAAAUGAGUGAAGGAAAAUGCACCAAAUCAAGCAAAAACCUGGCGGUGGAAGCUAGAAGCAAAAAUUGCCGCACACUAUCAUCCUCCGCUUCUGCCCAAGAGUUGAGAUGCUUUGAAGUUGAAAAUGAGGAGGAUGAUGAGUCCUCUCCAAGGGGGAUUAUUGAGGCUUGCAUAAGGUUCAGAGGAAACAAGCAUGUUGAAUCUCAUGAAAGAAGUAGUGAAUCUCAAUGUGUAGUCCAUUCAUCAAAUUCACGGAUACGGUCAAGGUGGCAUAAAAUUUUCAAGUUGUGGAAAAAAAAUUCCAUUAAGCGGCUACCUUCCUUCCCACCUUUUGCAACAAGGAUGUCGAGAAGAAAGUUCAAAAGCAUGAGAGAAAAUGUAGACGUGAACUUGUGCCCCAUAAAACCUUCCUUGAAAAUUUUCUCCUUGCUUGAACUGAAGACAGCAACCAACCAUUUCAGUAAAGAAAACUUGAUUGGUAAGGGAGGGUAUGCUGAAGUAUUCAAGGGAUGCUUGCCAGAUGGCCAGCUCAUAGCAGUUAAGCGCAUGAACAAAGGGUCGUUAGAAGACCAAGAAGGAAACUUUUUGUCGGAAAUUGGAACCAUAGCACAUGUUGAUCAUCCUAAUACUGCAAAGAUGAUUGGGUAUGGAGUUGAGGGGGGAACUUAUAUUGUCCUUAAGUUAUCAUCAAAAGGGAGUCUAAGGUCACUUCUUGAAGGUCCAAAGGAAACACUGCAUUGGGAGAAUAGACACAAAAUCAUUCUAGGGAUAUCAGAUGGCCUGCUUUAUCUUCAUGAGAAUUGCCGAAGACGGAUCAUUCAUAGAGACAUCAAAGCUGAUAAUAUCCUACUUACAGAGGAUUUUGUGCCAGAGAUAUGUGAUUUUGGCCUAGCAAAAUGGCUUCCCAAGGAAUGGACCCAUCACAAUGUAUCGAAUUUUGAAGGCACAUUUGGCUAUUUUGCCCCUGAAUACUUUAUGCAUGGCAUGGUGGAUGAGAAAACAGAUGUCUUUUCUUUUGGAGUGCUGCUUUUGGAGAUUAUAACAGGACGGCCAGCAGUCGAUGAUUCACAAAAAAGUAUUGUGCUUUGGGCAAAGCCUUUCCUUGAUAGUGAUGAUGUUGAGGGACUUGUGGAUCCUGCUCUUUGUAAUGGCUAUGAUAAACAGCAGAUGGGUCGAGUGGUUUUGACUGCAUCUUUGUGUAUACAACAGAACCCCGUUUUGCGACCCCGGAUGAGUCAGGUUGUAAUACUGCUGAGAGGCAAAGAUCUCAAUAGAAGUAGUUCCAAAGAAAACAAAAAACACACACUCCGAAGAACCUACUCAGAAGAACUCUUUGACGCCGAGGAGUAUAACUUGACAAAGUACUUGAAUGAUCUCAAAAAACAUGCACAACUUGUACUUGACUCGUGACUGAUUUUCUUUUAUUUCGCACGCCGGCCAACAUGGUUUCGUACGAACUUUGAGAAGUUGCAGGGAAGAUAAGUAAUUAGAGCCUCUUUAAUGAACAAUGAUGCACAUGAUACUUUAGAGUUGAUGGCAUAUGUAAAUAUGCUCCUAGUUACAUAGGACAUAUGUUUUUGAAUAGUUGUUUUCUAACUUUUUUAUACAUCAAAUGAUCGUUACCAUUUAAGCAUGCAUAAAUUACUUGUCCCUCACAGAAUUAUCAUUGAAACUGAAAUGUGUUAUUAGGGAUGGAUCUGAAAUAUGUGUUAUUAAGACUUUCUAAGCUAUUA